AUGCAUUUCGAUCGAGUGGCAUACGAGAAUAUUUUCCUGCCACUUCACUUUAGCUUUGUCACGCUCUACUUCAGCUCUNGAGAUUUGACGCGAAGAAAUGAUGGCUUUGAUGAUGCGAGUGAGUUGAACAAGAAAAUGAAAGCUACGGAAGAUGAUCUGAUGCAAACUAAAGAUGUUGGUGGUACAGCGAUAAACGUUCAGUCUAAGUAUACACUGCGAGCUCCUCCGGGUUCAUUUAUGGAAUUUGUAUCACAUACUCAGGAAGAACUAAGGAACAGUUUUGGGAGAGGAAGACACAGGCCUAGAAGAUUGAUAAGACAGGACCAGGAUUCAGAAUCUAGUGAAGAAGAAGACGUCUAUAAUGAAACACUUGAAGAAACAGAAGGAUGGAAGCUGUUAAUGGAGGCCAUUGAAUCAAAGUGUGAGAAUAAGGCAAAAACAAAAACUAACUCACGUCAGAGUAACAAUUUGACUAAGACAUGAUUAAUACACCUGUUAUGUAAAUUAAGUCUCCCUUUGUGUGCAAGUUACAUGUAGGUUGCUGUAAGCAGCCUACAUGUAACUUGAAGACUGUAAAUGAUGAAGGCUUCAGAUGAAGUUGGCCCUAAUUUGUGUUAAUAUUCAAAACCGCUUACAUUGUGUAAGACACUCGUGUAGAUGACAACAUAACUACUCUUUUGAAUCACUUAUUUAUUUUACCUGUUUAUCAACAUGAGGCAAAUAAAAUUAAAUUCUCUUUCUUUUACA